UCGAGAACUAAAAAAAAAUUAAGACAUCGUAAAAAUGUUGUGAUGGUACUGAAUCCUCGGGGUGCGAGUCCGACUCGCACUUAAUCUUUUUUUUUUCAAACCAGGGGGCCCCGCGAGCUAUUGUGCUAAGGGCCCCGCGCCUUCUUAAUCCGCCCCUGUGAUUGGAGAGAAGUUGUCCGAUAUGAUUAAACAAACUUACGGUCAACAAUAAUUAUCUUCAAUUUUUUUUGAAAACUGUUCGCAGUGCGCCGAAAUAUGCUUUUAGCUUUGGCUUUUAUUUACGCUUUGCUAAUGUGCUUUUAAUAUCUUCUAUGCUAAUUCUUUCUUUUAGAGUCAGACCAAGCUAAGUUGGCAGCGAUUUUGAUAGCCCAGACUGUGUAAGUGUUAAAUAAACGUCAUAAUUUCAUAGAAUAACGCUUGUACUGUCUGGGCUACCAAAAAUCGCUGCUAACUAUGUAUAUUGUACUGUAUUUCUUUAUUAAACUUUAUGACGUACAAUGUAUACGGUAAUUGUAUACGGUACAAUAAAUAAUUCAUGUCGCACUAACUUGUUUUUAUUCUCACGUCAGACUAAUAUUCACCCAAAAGCUUUUUUUUCUCCGAAUCAAUUCUUUAUUAUUUCAUUAACAAUACAGUAUUGUGUUUGAGUAUUUUUACAUGCUAACUUAUUAAUUAUAAUCAUUAUAGAAACACAUCACAAACGUGUGAACCGUCUAAAAUAUGCAUACAUACAAUGCCAAAAGUAAACGGAAAGCCACUUGGCUAGCGAGUUAGUGUUUUUUUUUAUUGGAUUGGAAGAAUCUAUUAAAACAGUUUUUCAAAUUUGAAAGAAAUGCUAGUUUUGAUCAGAUUUGCCUCACAGUGUGCCCUAUUUCGUAGUUAAUUAUUUCAUGCGCCAACAGCUUUAUAAACAAUAACAAUUGAGGUGUUUGAAAACUAUAACCCGAUUACGGACUUUUUAUAGAGAGGCUUAGAGAGACCCUUCUUGAAAGCCGGUUAAAAUGUAACCUGUCACCCAGUUUAUAUGAAGAUAACUCGAGGCCCGAGCAUAGGACAGUCAAUCAUCGACGUAGUCGCGGGCUUAUGCCCGUCGCCGGAAUAAAUGCAUAUUUAUUUUUAUAAAGUUAUGAGAUUUGUACAUUGGCAUAGGAAAACCAAUACAUAUCUCUAAAAACUUUUGUUCUUCUUCUUCCUUGCCACUUCCUAUUAUUUGGGGUCGGCUCUCCUCGUUCUAAGGCGCCAGGACGGUCUGUCCUGGGUUGUCGUAUCUGUAAGUUGGGCUCGCUCCAGGUCGCGGGUUAUAGUAGAUCUCUAAAAACUUUUGUUCUAUAUAGUUUCCGAUACAGCAGUUAAAAAACUGUAUAAUAUACUAUAACUGUACUCAGUGCCUCAUAUAACUUUAAAACAGCGUUUCUUGUAGGCGAGAAACAGCGAUUAGAAUAAAAUAUUUAUUGGCGCGAUAAUCAAAUAAAUCUGGACCAAAAAUAAUCCCUCGAAGCUUACAGCGGGGGCGUGUCGUAUGCCCUUAUCGUAUCUCCGGAGCUUAUUAUCAUUGCUUUUUUUAUGAGAUUUGCAGGACAAAAUACGUAAAUGUCUAUUACAUAUAAUAGGCAAUCUAGUUUUUGUCGAGCUAUAUAGACUCCUGAAACCCUAAAAAAGUGAAGUGGUUCCGGAGUUGCUGUGCCUCGUUACUUGCUCUUUGCUUUGAAAUGAUUUCAUUAAUUUAUUAAUUUUCCGCCUCUGUUUAACAACCUGACCACCAUUGACCCUUAUGGUUUCGCAAUAAGGUAUAGAAAUAGUCAGUCGACAGGACGAUGGUAUGCUUGGAUCAGCAAGUCGCGUCUCCGAUCCAGCGUCAGUCGGCGCUCGUUCGUAUGAGAGGCACACGCGCCGCUUCUCCAGCGGUACCGAAGUUUUCUAUCGCGAAUCGGUUUGAAUUCUGUACUUUCAUUGAACAAAACGUAACUAUAAAUGUUUUUAAUAAUACCUUGACGUUAAUUUAAUUGCGAUUUCAAAGUGAAACUGACUUUAAGCUAUUGUCGUUUGAAACUGAAAAGUUUUUGAAUGGGAAAACUCUCGUGUUGAUAAAUGUGAAAUUAAAAAUUCAAUAAUGUUAAUUAAUUUGCAACUUUAGUUUUAGAUUGACUUUUUCGCUAGAUGUUAGUGAUUUUUCGAUGAUUACUGGAAUUUUAUUCUAGGUACGUAGUGUGGAUGUGUUGAAAAUAUUUAGGUAAAAGUUUCGAAAAGAAAAUGGCAAUGGAAUUGAAGCUGCGUGAAAACGAAACGAUUGACGACUUUUACAAUCGUUGCAACAAUUUGACAUAUUUCGACUGCAGUGAAGAAGAAAUGCUAUGGUGGAUGAUGGGUUCCCGGCGUUUGCCUCUGAACGAAAUUAUUCCCAUAAGUAUAGUGCUUGUGGUAAUAUUUUUGACUGGCGUGGUGGGGAAUAUUUGCGUGUGUGUGGUGAUUGUGAAGCAUCCAGGACUGCAUACGGCGACUAACUAUUAUCUGUUCAGCUUGGCGGUCAGUGAUCUGCUGUUGCUGAUGUUCGGUCUACCAAAUGACUUGUCUGUCUACUGGCACCAGUACCCUUACAGCCUGGGCAUCGUGUUCUGCAAGCUGCGAGCAUUCAUAUCUGAAGCAGCUACCUACGUGUCCGUGCUUACGAUCUCCGCGUUCUCCCUCGAACGCUACCUGGCUAUUUGCCAGCCUCUGCAUCUCUACGCCAUGGCGGGACUAACGCGAGCCUCGAGAAUUAUCCUAGUCCUGUGGAUUAUAUCUGCGAUCUGCGCUUCGCCUCUUGCAGUUUACACGGAUAUUAGCUACAGGGAUUAUCCACCAAAUUCUGGCAACAUCUCGAUGGAGUCCGCAUUCUGCGCUCUAAUGGCUCCUUCUCCGCUCCUCGAGCUGAGCAGCAUCUUCUUCUUCUUCGUGCCGGGUGUGCUCAUUCUCUGCCUUUAUGUCAGGAUGGGCUUGCAUAUCAGGUCAACAAAGGUGUCAGAGAAGACAAAAAUGGGCCUGCUGAACGGACAAGUGCACGGAGAGACGCGGCAGGCUAAGUCUCGGAAGGCUAUCAUCAGGAUGUUGGCGGCAGUAGUGGUAGCAUUCUUCGUCUGCUGGGCGCCAUUCCACAUCCAGCGCGUGUUCUACGUGUACGGCCGCCAGCACCCCAAGUACGAGCUCAUCAACGAGCAUCUGUUCAACAUCGCUGGGGCGCUGUACUACGUCUCUGCCACUGUUAACCCGAUACUGUACAAUGUCAUGAGCGGCAGAUACCGCAUCGCGUUCCAAGAAACCCUGCUCUGUCGCAAAGUACGUAGGGAUUCGCGACUUACGAACAUGGACCACACGAGUGCCUCCAAGGCAUCGCAGUACCGUAAGAGAGAAUCCCGCAUAGCCUUCGUUAGCAAGGUGGACUACGUGAAAAACCAACCGGCGCCAUUUUGUGGCGACAAUGGCGACAUCAAAAUGGAGGACAGCACCGUCUUCUACUUUUACGACGACAAGCAGGACGGGAUGCAGAUUGACAGCUGCAUGUAAAAUGUUUUGACAUCUGACAGGGCAGUUUGUGACAUAUCUCUAAUAGUUAGCGGCAUGUACUUAUCUACUCUCGGUUUCGGUUUCGACGUGAAUGAGUACACACAGAACACACAACUGUAUAAAAAGGCGAAAAUGCAAAGUCUAACACGGGCUCAAUUUUUGAAAACCACAUUGUGGAAUUAUUCAAUAUUCAAGCUUUUACGCUAAAUAUCUUAAAGAAGACUUUUGGACAAUCUUUUAAUUUACUGUUAAUUUUGUUAUCGAUACCAACGACAACAUUAAUUCUGAAAUACAAUAUUUUUCGGUUGUACGGUGAAAUUGCGCUUAGAUAUGUAGUACAGAAUAAGGAACUAUCUAUCCACCAAUUUUUUUCGAAAU